AUGGAUGGAAAUCAGGGUCGGCGGCUAGAGAAGGUUGGAUUCUACCAAGUAGGAAGGGCGAUCGGUCGCGGUAAUUUUGCCACGGUGAGGUUAGCGAGGCACGAGAUAGCGAAAUCUAAGGUUGCCUUGAAAAUAGUGAAUAGAACUGCGCUUGAUGAGGAAAAUUUGAUACGGCUUGAACGAGAAAUGCGGAUAUUGACACGCAUUAAUCAUCCCCAUAUUGUUAAAUUAUAUGAGAUAAUGCGCACUGAAUCCUCGAUCUAUAUAGUUACAGAGUACUGUAGUGGAGGCGAACUCUUUGAGAUUUUGAUAGAACGAGGUAGGACGGCUGAAGACGAAGCACGGCGAUGGUUCGGUCAAACCGCAUCCGCUGUGGCGUACUUGCAUCACAAAGGUAUCGUUCAUCGGGAUCUGAAGGCAGAAAACAUUCUGUUGGACAAGAGUAGCAACAUUAAAAUUAUAGAUUUUGGAUUUUCCAAUACGCAAGCGCCGUCGCAGCUUCUGCGAACCUGGUGUGGCUCACCACCCUACGCUGCUCCCGAAUUAUUAUUAGGCAAAGAAUACGAUGGUUUCAAAGCUGAUAUUUGGUCUCUUGGUGUGAUUUUAUACAUUCUCGUCACGGGUGGAUUUCCGUUUCCUGGCGACAACGUCGAAAAUCUGAAACGGGCAGUAUUGUCAUGUCAAAUGAAAAUCCCAUAUUGGGUGUCUGUUGAAUGCGCGGAUUUGAUUAAAAAGAUGCUCGUGUUCAACCCAUUCAAAAGAUGCAGUAUAAAUGCCGUCAUGCAACAUCGAUGGUUGACGAACUGUCAGUCGGCAAAGACACAUUUGCUGGUGAAGAACAGCAUGCUGGCGACGGCAACAUGCCUGCCGGAGCGACGAUCAUUGAAGCUCAAUCCUACAAUAUUGCUGUUCAUGCAACAGCACGGCCGGUGGACGGAAGAGCAAAUAGUGGAAGAAGUUUUGAAGCAGAACUUUGAAAGCCCUAUUUUCGCCACUUACGAACUCCUAUGCGACAAAGUGGGGAAGAAUGCUCUGGAAGGAACCACUGAUGAUCAUCCUCGGCGAGGAUCGCGUGGCUCCAUCCUCAGUGGAAAAGCUAAUGUUGAGCCAGAGGGAGCUACGCCGACUAUAUCUGCCCAUCACCUGGCUCAGCUCAAUUUGUCAACAAGUUUUGAAUGUGACUCCGACGACUCCUCCACUUCCGAUAUCUGUGACGAUUCGCCCUCAAGUUCAAGCAGAAGUAGGACCCGCGGUCGAUGCCAAUUUGGUUUGGCCAUGAAACCAGAGGAGGGAAAUCGCAACGAACACAGGCGACACACGCUGUGCGCCAGUGAGCAAAUCCUGUCUCCGGAUGUCAUGGCUAAUCUGCCCAUAGGUUCACCACUACACCAAGCUGCAUUGAACCAUACGGCCUUAAAUGACAUGGCGCUGCAUUCGGGCGAGACUCCUCUAAUGACUUCUCCACAGCUCCCUAUAUUUCCUGGGUUACCACUGCUGCCAAUUUUGGACUACACAAGAAUGCUACCCGUACCUAGCAGUGAACGACGUGCUUCCGCGGGCGAGAAUCUGUUGAAUCCUGGUGCUAUAGAAACGUUGAAUCAUCUUGUUCAACCAGCCCAGCCGUCGGCUGCUGUUCCGAGUGUUGAGGAAGAAGGGGAAGGUUAUCUUAGUAAAUACUCUGGCAAGAGAAACACCGUGCACGGUGCAACAUCACCGUUUGGACCAUCAUCACCAGUCCCUCGACAUAGUCCGUACACUAAAGCUUCGUCAACAGAAAGACGUAGCAGUUGGGCAUCUCCGGCGAUAACUGCGCAGCAACAUCAGCAAUUGGAACGAUUAUAUCGCCAAGCUAUAUCUGGCGGAAACGACCUAAUGGGAAUACAAGCAUUACAAAAGGAAUUCCAACGGCUUGGUCAAAUCGCUGCACAAGGAUGCAGUCCUACUGCGAGCCGAUCACCUACGCACAUGUUCGACCAAAGAGCUGCUCUUUUUGGUUGCCCUCGAAUCUCGAUCACUGAUGAGCACAAUCGUAGCCUCGCACCCGGUUCAAGUUCAUUUGACCCGGUCAAUCUAUUUGAACAAAAAGUCAAUGAAGUGGUAUUUGGACAGCGACCAGCAACGGUGAUUGGUUUUGCGUCUACAUCCAAAUCCGGGACGUCUUCUCCUGAGCAGAAUGUUAAGACAGAAGAUAAGGACAACUUGGAUGACCGAGUGAAGAGCUUUGUUUCGACACUUCCCUUAGUCGAUGUGGUGCAGGAGUUGAAAAAUUGUUUGAACGAGAUGCAGAUCCGAUUUGAAGAGACAAAUGAAGUAGUUUAUAUGGACCAAGAGAUGCGCCGUUUAUCUCUUUCCACCGGUGUCGAAAUUGGGUGUGCUACUCUUCCACCGGAGCAGAAAUCUCAUGUCGAAUUUGCAAUUGUCGCUGGCGAUUCCCCGACUAGCGAGUUGCUCUGCGAUGAGCUCAUAUCGAGGCUCAGGGUGCUAGACCCCACUGCAUCAUCCGAAUGAAGACGUUUGAUCUUUUCUUCAUUCAACAAGUCGGAUAGACCUAGUCCAGUAGUGUGGAAGUGAUUGUUGGAGACGUAUAUGCAGAAAAAAGCAUGGCAGAUCAUUCUUGCAGAUACGUCUUUUAACCAUUUCUGAGAUCCUGCUGUAACUGGCCCAGCUAGAUUGCAUCGAAUCUCGUCUGGAGCGGACCAUAACCACUUUGAAAUUGUUAUGAUGUUGUUGUUUCUCCUUCCUUCUCGCACUGAUAACAAAUUUGCUCUUCCAUUUCAGUCAUACAGCUUCAUGCUGUGCUCCUGGUCAUCACUCUCAGACUAACCGCCUUCACUGUGUAUAUGACCCGCUUUUGUACCCUUAAUAAUAUUGUAUGAAAUGUUCGUUUUGUUCUAGACGCAAUGCGUACCCCUAGGUCACGUUGUCACUUACAGGGUUUUGUGCUAGACGUAUGCUGUUCCUCUGUAUGCAAACGAAACUGCUUCAAAAUUGUAGAUUUUUUUUGUAUCAGAACUGUGAUGCUCGGUCGAUUCGGCAACUUUGCAGUUUGUUCACAUUGUCCCUAACUCCGUCUCACCGUUUCACAUGCGCGGUUCUAAUUUCAAACUGUGAUGCUGUGAGCUUGUGCGGAAUAUUUGUUUAAUAGUUGACGACUUCGAUCUGUACUUAGUCAUGGAAAAUGUGAUAAUCAUCCAGAAUAAGGUUAUUGUGAGGAUUUUGUUCCUUUUUUUUCUGUUUUUAUCUUCUUUUUUUUUCUUGCCACUUCUUUUAUGAAUGCUAGAAGCUGUCUCGUAUUGAAAUUCUUCAUUGGCGCUCGUUAAAUGAUAAUUAUUCAUUAAUGUACAUGUCUGCGUGAUAAUUGUAUGAAAUGUUUGGAUAUAAAACAAUAAAAAGUCCACUUCGUACAUA